GCGGUACCACUAGAUAUCAGGUGCAGACGCUGUUUCCCCCCCAUCGAGGUUCAAUGAUGCUAGUAUUGUGGAGAAUAGGCCUUAACAUUUUGUCUGGGUCGUGUCAGGUUCGAUCUGUAUCGGGAAACUGUUUCAGCUCCGGAAGGUUCUGAUGCGAACAGAUGUGGCGUGUCAUAAUACUUCAGCCCUGGAUUAAGGUGCAGUGUGUAAUCACGGAAUCCAAAUAAGCCAUACGGCCACCGUGUAAUCGCUUCGCUCCCUCCUCGAAAACUAGCCCAUCUCGGAUGGCGUGCGUGACGCAUAUCGAUGGUGCUCAAGAGCUUCGGAAAUUGAUCUCGGCUCAACAGCGUACUGUUGUAUUCUUCCACCAGCCAUGGUGCUCGCAUUGCAAGAAAAUGGGGCCGAUAUUCGACGCGACCGCCAGUUUGGAUGAGUAUAAGGAGGUCAAGUUUUACGAGUUUGACCUAGAUGAACAGGAGGACGUUAUGGAAGAAAUGGAUAUCAAGACUUUUCCGAGAAUCCUCGUCUUUCGCCAAGGUGAGAAGAUAGCCGCAACCGGACCCCGCGAGCUAGAAGCCUUCAAGACUUGGCUUUCAUCGGCGAUGACACGUCAGGAGAUUGUUAAUACGCCAAUUGAUGAGGGAACCACUUGUACCGGAAGGUAUGAAGAUCGGAGAAGAAAUCUCGCCACUUUGCUGGGGGGAAGCAAACCAUUCCUAGACACGGAAAGUGGUUGCGUGUUCCAACCAACACCAGAAUCCAACGGUCUACAGAUCGGAAGAGCCAACCAGGGCACUUCCUACUUUUUAAUCACCAUGUGGAAUUCCGAAAACGAGGAUCCCAACAAGAUAUUCUUCGGCCUACAUUUCAUGCCUGAUCCUAUACACAAAGCUCGCUUCGAAUCGGCGAGAUUCUGGGUCACAUUUGGUCGCGAUGACGGGGACGAAGAGCAUUUGCCACUAAACGUCCUCGAGCUCGCCCCGACGAGUGCUGCAGACACCAUUACCGCCUCUCCAGACUCAGAUGUAAUGGGGUCAACUGAGUUUGAUAACUCGAGCAUUUGGUCAGGCGAGGAGGCCAUCCGACGAGGGACGCCGACGGAUAUUCGUGGGCAAGGCCUGCAUAGCCCUACGGCCGUAUGGAGUUUUGUUGAGGGAACGAGUCGAGGUCUUGACGCCAGCUACACACUUUCAGUCGUACUACCGACAACGACAAGAGUUUGGAUGAAAUUCUGGGCCAAAGCGGUAUUGAUUCGUGGGGAUACAAUACCGCUUGACCUGCGUCACAAGAUGACACUAAAGACGGGCACAAUGGAGGAGCCGUACCAGAGAAUCUUGGAUCUGAGCGUCGCCAUGGAAAGAGCUGAACCAAAAAGUUAGGAUUGAAUUCAAGUGCUCCGGAUUGGGUUCCUUAGUACUUGCCGAUACUUGUAUGUAACAUCAUGUGGACCAGUGAUUCAUUUGCUCCAUGCUGCGGAGAGCUCGGUGUUUGAAAAGAU